GGAAGUCGAUACGUGGCCGCCGCCUGUCCCCGCGAAGGAGGCGCAGCAGCCGGAGAUGGCGGCGGUGCUGAGCGCGGAGCGGCUCGAGGUGUCGGUAGACGGCCUCACGCUGAGCCCCGACCCCGAGGAGCGGCCCGGCGCGGAGGGCGCCCCGCUGCCGCCGCCCCCGCGGCCGCCGCCCUCGCCGCCCGGAGCCGGCCGGGGCCCGGGCGCCGCGGGGCCGCAGCCCGAGCCGGGGGAGGCGGCGGCCGGGGGCGCGGCGGCCGAGGCGCGGCGGCUGGAGCAACGCUGGGGCUUCGGCCUAGAGGAGCUGUACGGCCUGGCGCUGCGCUUCUUCAAAGAGAAAGAUGGCAAAGCCUUUCAUCCGACUUACGAAGAAAAGCUGAAGCUUGUGGCACUGCAUAAGCAGGUUCUUUUGGGUCCAUACAAUCCAGACACUUGUCCCGAGGUUGGAUUCUUUGAUGUGUUGGGAAAUGACAGGAGGAGAGAAUGGGCAGCUCUGGGAAGCUUGUCCAAAGAGGAUGCCAUGGUAGAGUUUGUCAAGCUCUUAAAUAUGUGUUGCCAUCUGUUUUCAACAUAUGUUACAUCCCACAAAAUAGAGAAGGAAGAGCAAGAAAAAAAAAGGAAGGAAGAGGAAGAGCGGAGGCGCCGUGAGGAGGAAGAAAAAGAGCGUCUUCAAAAGGAGGAAGAGCGACGGAGGCGGGAAGAAGAGGAGAGGCUGAGGCGGGAGGAAGAAGAGAGGCGGCGAACAGAAGAGGAGCGGCUUCGGUUGGAGCAGCAAAAGCAGCAGAUAAUGGCAGCCCUGAACUCGCAGACUGCCGUGCAGUUCCAGCAGUAUGCAGCCCAGCAGUACCCAGGGAACUACGAACAGCAGCAAAUUCUCAUCCGCCAGCUUCAGGAGCAGCACUACCAGCAGUACAUGCAGCAGCUGUACCAAGUCCAGCUUGCACAGCAGCAGGCCGCAUUACAGAAACAACAGGAAGUAGUAGUGGCUGGGUCCUCUUUACCUACAUCCUCAAAAGUGAAUGCAGCUGUAGCAAGUGAUAUGCUGUCAGUUAAUGGACAGGCCAAAACCCACACUGACAACUCUGAGAAAGAACUUGAGCCAGAAACUGCAGAAGAAGCCCUGGAGAAUGGACCAAAAGAAUCUUUUCCAGUGAUUGCAGCCCCAUCCAUGUGGACACGACCACAAAUCAAAGACUUUAAAGAGAAGAUUCGGCAGGAUGCGGACUCUGUGAUCACCGUGGGCCGAGGGGAAGUGGUCACUGUCCGGGUCCCCACCCAUGAGGAAGGAUCCUAUCUCUUCUGGGAAUUUGCUACAGACAGUUAUGACAUUGGGUUUGGGGUGUAUUUUGAAUGGACAGACUCUCCAAACACUGCGGUCAGCGUGCACGUCAGUGAGUCCAGUGAUGAUGAGGAAGAGGAGGAAGAAAACAUCACCUGUGAAGAGAAAGCCAAAAAGCAUGGCAGCAAGCCCGUGUUGGACGAGAUCGUGCCUGUGUACCGACGGGACUGUCACGAGGAGGUCUACGCUGGCAGCCACCAGUACCCAGGGAGAGGCGUCUACCUCCUCAAGUUUGACAACUCCUACUCCUUGUGGAGGUCCAAAUCCGUCUACUACAGAGUCUAUUAUACUAGAUAAAGAUGGUGUUACAGAGUGGAGUCUAGGCUUGGGCGAAGAUGGCAUUUACUUUCUUUUGGCUUUGGUGGAACACUGGAGUUGUGUUUCUCCUAUUCUUUUUGGUCUGAUGGUAUGAACUCUUGUUGAGAGUCAGGAUUUUCUUGAGACUCUUUAAGCAGUAAUGCUCAGGGGCUAGAGGGUCCCUCUGACUCAUUAGUCCCUGGGUGCUGACCAGCAUAUGCACUAGUGGAUGCUUAAGUUACAGGAGCCCCGUGUGAGAUACUCAGUCACCAGAAUACACUUGGCCAGCGCUGGCUGACUGGCUGGCGGUUUACGCGCUGCCUGCCCGUGUGUCCCCCAGGGCCCAUAGCUGCAGCGCUGUCUAGGUUGACAUGCUUGUUGGUAGUCAACACCCUGUGCAGGGGCGGGGAUCAAACUCAAGACCUCACACAGUGUACUGGAGAGACAGACAGUGCCUCAGUCUUGUUCUGAACCACCCAGGUUAUUUUUGCUUUGAGGCAGCUGUCGAGUUACAUACAUUACAGAGAAUUACUUUCAGAGAUUGUCUUAAACUUAGAAUACCCAAACCCAGUAGAUAAUGGGAGUUUGUGGACACAUAGAACACCUCAGACCUCUUCCUUGCAAGUCUCCACCAGCUCAGGCCUUUUCAUUCAUAUCACACUGCAGUCAAAGCAAAACACGACAGCUCAGAUGGAAAGUUUUCCUCACCAAGUGUACAGUUAGGGUUUUGUACACACAAAGUAGCACCUACUAAAUUAAAAGCUGUAAAAUCAUUUCCGUGUGAUUUGUCUUUGGGGAGUGCCAGAGCGGUGGCAGCGACCACAUUGCCCUUGCUCCCGAGGUGGAGCUCCCCACCAGCCCAGCAGGAAGCAUUAGCAAUGGAAAAGCGUACACCUGUGCUCAGACUGUAGAGCUUUAAUCUGUAGCAUGUCUUCACUGACGGGAAGAGGUGCAUCUUUUGUGUUUAUAUUUUUACUGAAAACAAACAUGGAUUAAUUGCUUCAAAUUUGUGUAAGUGGUAAGUUUAGAAAAGGAGGGUGAUGUGGAUGGAAAAUGACAGACGGCUGUGUGCACUUAGCAUUGUUAUUUUGUGUUACUGAAAGACUUAAGAGUUUUACAUUUUCAAAUUGGAAGUAACUUCUUUAGGAACAAAUUGACCGGCUACUUGUACACAGCUCACCACGUACUGGCUGUUUGACUUUUGUAUGCUGCAUUUAUGUUUGUUUUUUUUUCUAAUAACCUGGGUUUUUGUACGUAUCUGUUUUCUUUGUUCAGAAACUGAAUUAUUUUCUCCCAAGUAGUGCUUAAUUUGUGUUUUUGAUUCUGAUUUAGUCCUGGUCCUGGUGUCCACCCUGUUACAUCUAACACCUUCGUUGAGCCGCCCACAGCUCUCUGCAUACAGUGUAACAGAGUUAGGUACUUCCUGACUUCUCUUUUAAAAGAGAAAAACACUGUAUUUAAAAUGUAAAAUAAACUUUUGAAAAGCAGGCACUAAUACAUAUUUCUUGCAGCCUUUGAUCAUACUUUUCCUUGCGUGUGUGGGGAGCAUCGCCUGUCACGUGUUCAUGUCUGAACACGUUUGAUUUUAAAUUUCUCAUUGCCUUUGGCUGUUGAUUAGUACAGUACAAGUGCUAUUUCGAAAAGAUCUUGAAAGUAAUAUAUUUAACCAAUUAAAGUGUUCCUCUGUGA